AUGAUAUCGAACAAUGAAUCUUCACUUUUCUCAUUAUUAAUUCGUAAAUCAAUUAUUGAUCCUCGUACAAUACUCAAAACUUGUCAUAAAAACUGUAUGUAUAACACAAAAAACGAAAUUUCUACACAAUGUCAAAAUUCAAUGAAUACUUGUACAGACGAGCAAACACAAGUUUCGCAAUCAAAUGAAUCAAAAGAUACUCAAACUUGUUAUGUUUGUUCGCCGAAUUUGAUUAAAAAACAUCGAUCAAUGAUUUUAUCGAAAGAAAAACAUAAAUACAUAUUGAUUAAUCCAUAUGCAAUUAUUGAUCGAGUGUAUCAAGGUGAACAAUGUCUUAGAUUUCUCUACAAGCAAAAUCGAAAACUCGAUUUAAUCUACACAAACUUUCUUAAAGAUCUACAGAAGUAUACGGAUAAUUUUCUUCUUCCUCUCCAACAAGAACAUUGUCUAUAUGGUAUUUACCGACGAGACAUGAUUCGAUAUAUGAUAAUAUUACAGGAGCAUAUUAAUGAACUUCGAACUAAAUUAAAUAUUCUUCAAGAAGCGAAUAAAAAUUUUGCUUUAUUUCAAAAACAUUUUCAUAAAAUCGUACAAAGUAAAUCGGAUUUAGAAAAUCUAUUACAUAAACACGAUAAACAUAUCAAGCAAAAUUUUGAUCGAAGCGGACCAAUAAAAUAUCAAGAGCAAUUCUGUAAUACCUAUCAAACAAGUUAUAUUCAAUUGCAAACUAUUGAACAACAACGUCUUUUGGCUAUUCGUGAACAGAUGCGAUUUGCUAUAAAUUUAACAAUGAUGUCAACAGAUGACUAUAAUUUAUUCGCUUCAAAUAAUUUUGAUGAUUUAUUAACUAUGUGGAAUCAUCAACACAUCAUUUCCAUAGAUCAUUGGACAGAUUUCUCACGUCGAUCAACCACAUCGCGCCAAGAUAAUUCGUUCAAUUUACUCGAUGAAAUCAAGCAAGUUAUAAACGAAUAUUAUAAUCAUCGACAAACAGUAUCGAAUAAUAAGCAUCUGACAUUCAACCGUAUCUCGGAUCAGUUAAACACAAUUGAUAAUUCAAAUGAUGAUUUUCUUAAACGAAUUGAUUCGAUUACAUCGAAUAUAACCUAUACUCAUAUUUAA